UGGCCGACCGGGCGCGCGCGGGCGGGGCGGCGACGUUCGUCAUUCCGUGCGGGAGGGAGCGCGAGAGCGGCGCGGUCGACCCUCCGGUGUCUCAGACCAGCUAGAGGUGAGCAUGGCUGAGCAGGAGCCCACGGCUGAGCAGCUGGCACAGAUUGCAGCUGAGAACGAGGAGGACGAGCAUUCGGUCAACUAUAAGCCCCCCGCCCAGAAGAGCAUCCAGGAGAUCCAGGAGCUGGACAAGGACGACGAGAGUCUGCGCAAAUACAAGGAGGCCCUGCUGGGCCGUGUGACUGUGUCUGCAGACCCCAGCGUCCCCAAUGUUGUUGUGACCCGCUUGACCCUGGUGUGUAGCACAGCCCCCGGCCCCCUGGAGCUGGACCUGACAGGCGACCUGGAGAGCUUCAAGAAGCAGUCCUUUGUACUGAAGGAGGGCGUGGAGUACCGGAUAAAAAUCUCUUUCCGAGUGAACCGGGAGAUCGUGUCCGGCAUGAAGUACAUCCAGCACACGUACAGGAAAGGCGUCAAGAUUGACAAGACCGACUACAUGGUGGGGAGCUACGGGCCCCGGGCAGAGGAAUAUGAGUUUCUGACCCCUACGGAGGAGGCGCCCAAGGGUAUGUUGGCUCGAGGCAGCUACAACAUCAAGUCCCGGUUCACAGACGACGACAAGACUGACCACCUGUCCUGGGAGUGGAACCUUACCAUCAAAAAGGAAUGGAAGGACUGAGCCCUGGCCCGGGAGGCGGGCAGGCCUUCGGACAGACAGACGGACCUGUCUGACGUGCCCCACCCCUACCACCCCCACCCCAUCCCAACCCCUUACCAAAGUGCUGACGGGUCUGCCCCCCGGCCGACC